UCACUACUGAUUUACUGUUCAUCUGUUAUAAUGGCGAACAUAUCGGAUGUGUGUCUAACGUUACCUCUGAGUGCAGGUGAGGACACAUUCGAGCUGAUUUCGGUACGAUUGGAGCUGGAAUCGGUGGAGAAACAGAUCCGUGGUCUGCUGGAGAAACAAGCCGAGCUGCGGGAUCGGCGAUCAGCGCUUGAAACGUCACGCGCCGAUGCUCACAAGUCAGUGGUUAGUAACUUUUUGACUCCGACUUCGUCUACUCCGUGCGUUUCUCUGCCCAGGAGGACACGAUCAUCUCGGGCUUCAUUCACUCCGGCACCGACACAACACCAUGGACCCUGGGUGAUCCCACAGCGGAAGACACGAGCCAGGACCAGAGCAAGAACCUCUCCGCCCCUCCCGGUCUUCGAGAUCUCCACCAGGAACCGCUUCUCCCCUCUUCGCGAGUCGGAACGCGACGACGCCGUGAUCAUCGGCACUUCCAUGGUCCGUCAUGUCCGUGCUACCUCAGGUAAGGGUAAGGUGCGCACUCACUGCUUUCCUGGUGCUCGUGUUCUUGAUGUCGCCGCACAGGUUCCCGAGAUCCUGAACGGUGAAGAGCGCGUCGGAGCUGUUGUGCUGCACGCGGGAACGAACGACAUCAGGCUGCGGCAGACGGAGGUUCUGAAGAAGGACUACAGGAGCCUGAUCGAGACGGUACGCAGCACAGUGCCUGAGGCAACGAUCAUCGUGUCUGGACCGCUUCCCACGUACCGACAAGGACAGGAAAGGUUCAGUAGAUUAUUUGCACUAAAUGAAUGGUUAAUGUCAUUGUGUAAUGAACAGAAACUGCUCUUUGUAAAUAAUUGGAAUCUGUUCUGGGAGCGACCUAGGCUCUACCGUGCUGAUGGCCUUCACCCCAGCAGAAUCGGAGCGGCUGUUCUGUCGGACAACAUCUCCAAGACGUUACACACCAACUGACUACUCCAGUUUGUAUCCAGCCUCUCACGGAGACUUCAGAUGCCCCAACACCUGCGAUGAGACGACUCGACGCCUGUGAAGAGACGACUCGGCGCCUGUGAAGAGAUGACU